AUGAGACCGGACUUCCAAACACUAAUUCACUACCACCCCUCCCCAUUCUGGGUUCCAUCGCAGCAAGGCAGGACAUGGGCUGCCCCUGUCCCCACCAUCCUUGAUCUGCCAGCUCACAGAGGGCCCACCAUCAUUGAGCACCCAUUUACAAAGACAGGGCAACCUGAGCAAGUGGCCAUCACCACACACCAAUUCCCUAAUCUUUGUAUUCUGACAUGCACACAUGACCGUAUCCCCACCCUCUCUCACCUUUCAAGAUUCCAUAGCCAGCCAUUUGCACAAGUGGCAUGCCACAUCGCUCUGCCUGCCCUCACUAUUGUUUCAACCAAGCAAUAUGACAUCAUCCAUGUGAGCACUUCCCCCUUGCAUCCUCUCCCAGAAGCCACACAAGCCAUGCAGACCCAAUUCUGGGGCACUUGCACAAGUUCUACAAAGAUUUUUGACUUCUGGUGGCUCUGCAACCUCAACACGAGACAUUUCAUCAUGUUGCCAAAGUUCAGUUCCGAACCAUCAGUUCAGACUGAACUGGCAGAACCGAACAGACAGUUUGGUUACAGUUCCAGUUCUGGUCCAGGCUCGAGUGAAACAUUGAAUAAGAGGUGUGUUGGGUACACCAAUUCUUCUCUCAUCUCAUUAAUGUACCAAAGCUCGUUUGUUCGUCAAUGUCAUUUACAAUGGCAUCAGAACCUACAACUUAAUACAUUGGCUGCUGUACACAAAGCUCAUGAACCGCCUCACCCUCCUUUCUCCACUCCCUCUCAAACACAUCCCACCUCUUUCACAUCAAGCUACCAUUCCUGGACAUCCCUAAUGUUGCUUCGUAUCUCUGAGUCCUUCAUCUCCCCCACAGUGCUGGAGAAGAGUGCGUAUGUGUUUGCACAGAUGGAUGAAGGUGCAGCGGUGUCGUUGAGAGUACCAGAGGGUGCGUUUGAGGGGGAGGAGGGACGUGGUUGUUUUGUCCUGAGGCUGGGAUUGUCUUCAACUAAUGAUAUCAUGGCCAUGUUCAAGGCGGCGAAAUGGGGUGGGAAGGGUGCAUGGGUAGGAUAUGUUGUCGUUGGUGCAGUCAAGGUUGAACAUUAA